AUGACCGGCGCCGAUCCCGCCGCCGCAGCGCCCGCGCCCGCGGAGGCGAGCGCGGCCAGCGCAGGCGGGGAGAAUGCGGAGCAGCAGAGCGCGGGGGAAGCGGGGGCGGAGCAGGUGGUGACGCCGUGGGAGGUGUCAUCCGGGGGCGGUAUCGACUACAACAAGCUUAUCGAGCAGUUCGGCUGCCAGCGUCUCGAACCCCCGCUUGUAUCGCGUAUGGAGAAGCUCACCGGCGUGCGCGCGCACCCCUUUCUGCGCCGUGGCAUCUUCUUCGCGCACCGCGACUUCGACAAGAUUCUAGACGCGGUGGAGAAGGGGGAGCGGUUUUACCUGUACACGGGGCGAGGACCCUCGUCGGAGGCGCUGCACCUGGGGCACCUCAUUCCCUUCAUGUUCACCAAGUGGCUACAAGAAGCGUUCAAGGUCCCUCUGGUGAUUCAGUUGACAGACGAUGAGAAGUAUCUGUGGAAGAGCAUGAGCGUGGAGGAGGCGCGGCGGCUGGCGAGGGAGAAUGCCAAGGACAUCAUCGCGUGCGGGUUUGAUGUUUCACGGACCUUCAUCUUUGCUGACUUUGACUACGUGGGCGGGGACUUCUACCAGAACAUUGUGAAGAUCGCUCGAUGCGUAACUCUCAACCAGGCACGGGGCAUCUUUGGAUUCAACGGUGAGGAUUGCAUCGGCAAAGUGGGCUUCCCACCCGUUCAGGCUGCUCCUGCGUGCCCCUCGUCCUUCCCCCACCUGUUUGGCCUCAAGAAUGAAGUGCGCUGCCUCAUUCCCCACGCCAUCGACCAGGACCCCUACUUCCGCAUGACACGCGACUGUGCUCCGCGCCUGGGCUUUCACAAGCCAGCGCUCAUCGAGUCGCGCUUCUUCCCCGCCCUGCAGGGCGAGAGUGGCAAGAUGAGCGCCAGUGAUCCCAACUCAGCAGUCUUUGUCACCGACUCGCCCAAGGAGAUCAAGAACAAGAUCAACCGCUAUGCCUUUUCAGGUGGUGGAGCGACCAUAGAGGAGCACCGGGCAAAAGGAGCGAACCUGGAGGUGGACGUGCCAGUGAAGUACCUCUCUUUCUUCCUUGACGAUGACAGCGAGCUGGAGCACAUCAAAACGGAGUACGGGGCAGGGCGAAUGCUGACAGGGGAGGUGAAGGGGCGGCUGGUGGAGGUGUUAACUGGCAUGGUGGAGCGUCAUCAGAAGGCGCGCGCACUUGUCACUGAUGAGAUGGUGGACGCAUUUAUGGCAGUAAGGCCCAUGCCACACAUGUUCAGCUAG